UUCUACAAUAUUGUUACAUAUAUCACCCUUGAUUGUUAUGUUUAAUCCAACAAGAAGUAUAGGAAGACGAUGUCUUUCAAACUUUGAUAAAAAAGUUACAACUUCGACUUUUAAAGCUAUCCCCAAGAAAACUACUACAUUCGUUACGCGUAACUCUUCAACUACCACCCCUAAAAGUGUUAGUAGUACUACAUCAAAAGAAAACUCUCCUGCGCCAUCUUCAACUUUGAAUUCUUCUUCAACAACUUCAUUUACUCCUACGCAAUCAACUCUUACGUCUUUGAAGGAUGCUCCAGCAACACCAAUUGGAACUUCAACAAACUUGCCAACUGAAUCUAUUAACUGGUCAGAAUCAUUCCAUGGUCUUGGAACUGCACCAUUUUCGAAAGAAGCAAGUGACGUCUUGCUAGCUCCUCUUGAUAAUGAAGAUAUUGAAAUCAAACCCGAUGGAUUAUUAUAUCUCCCUGAAAUUAAAUACCGUCGUAUUCUCAACCGUGCAUUUGGGCCAGGAGGUUGGGGACUUGCUCCUCGUACUGAAUCUCUUAUUACUCAGAAACUUAUUACCAGGGAAUAUGCAUUGAUUUGUCAUGGAAGAUUGGUUAGUGUUGCACGUGGUGAACAAGAUUAUUUUGGAGGUGAGGAUAGAAUCCCUACAGCCUUAGAAGGAUGCAAAAGUAAUGCCUUGAUGCGUUGUUGUAAGGACUUGGGGAUUGCAAGUGAGCUUUGGGAUCCUUCUUUUAUUCGUAAGUGGAAGGCCAAGUAUGCCGAUGAAGUGUUUGCUGAACAUGUAGUUACCAAGAAAAAGAAGAAGUUAUGGAAGUUGAAGUCAAACAAGGUUUUUGAUUAUCCUUAUAAGCAAUGUUAGAUGCAGAGAGAUAAAAUAUGAGCUGGGCUUGGAACAGAGGAGAUAUUUGGCACUGCCAUGCAA